AAUGUCCUCGUUUAGUUUGUGAGUGUUUGGUGUAUGUAUCCCUUGCUAUGUUGUAAUUUUUCAAGGCUUGAGUAAACAAUAUACACAGCUUGAGAAUCAUCUUUUAUUUUCUACUUCAAACCCGUUUCGUACAAAACCCAUACAACUUCUGCUACUCAUCCCAUCCCAUUGCAUUCCCCCGCGACCACUACAGGAGGCCCUAUCACCCCCUGCUACUACAGCGCUGCUACGCAUCGGACACCGCCCGUCACCUAUUUCGCCCCCCUUCCCCUCCGUCGCGCGCCGCUCCACCACGUUGGAUCGACGACGAACGCCCCCCGCGACUCCGAACAAAGGACAAAAAAAAAUACCAUCAUUCCGCCAGUCUGCUCUCCUUGCCCCCGACACAUACACAGGAACACACUCGAUACCACAUCACCACCACUUCACAAUGGGCGCUAGCGUAUCAUGGCUCUCCAGCAUGCUCUGGGCCAAGAAGGAGAUCCGCAUCCUCAUCCUCGGCUUGGAUAACGCUGGAAAGACGACUCUUCUCUACAGACUCAAGGUUGGCGAAGUCGUGACGACGACACCGACUAUUGGCUUCAAUGUCGAAUCCGUAACUUAUAAGAACCUCAACUUCAACGUCUGGGAUCUCGGUGGCCAGACAAGUAUCCGCCCCUACUGGCGCUGUUACUACGCCAACACCGCGGCCGUCAUCUUCGUCGUCGACUCCACGGAUAUCGAGCGUCUGCAGACCGCGGCAGAGGAGCUGUCGGCCAUGCUCAACGAGGAGGAGAUCAAGGACGCCGCGCUGCUUGUGUUUGCCAACAAGCAGGACCAGCCGGGCGCCAAGGGUGCCGGCGAGAUCUCAGAGGCCCUGCGCCUCGGCGAGCUGCGCGACCGCAACUGGAGCAUCAUGGCCUGCUCGGCUGUCGACGGCAGCGGUGUCAACGAGGGCAUGGACUGGCUUGUUCAAACCGUUUCACAGGAGUAAAAGAGCUUUCCCUCGAGAUUCACACGCACACAUAGGCGGCGAUGCACACAUUUUUUUAUAAUCUGUACUAACAACCAAAGACGACUUGAAACGAUACUAGCAAACCCUCACCUUACGGUUAUUUUGAUUUUUUUUUACAUUGCAUUUGAGCCGGCUGCUGCGGCAGUGGUUCUUUAGGCAGGAAGAGAAAGGGGGAACGGGUCUCAAGAGAAAGAGAAUAGAGGCAGAGUAAUAGGGAGACGCGGAGGAUAGGAGUUGAAAUAUGUUUUUUGGCGUCUUUGCGGAUGGAAAACAAGACGAAGACGGGGGCAGGGACACGGCGACCAUAACUAUUAUCACAUACUUUUGGGACACUACAUCAUUAUAUAUCUCUUUUAAUAGUCAUUUCUGUUUUCAUCUCG